AUGUCUACAGGUCGUUGGAAUCAGCCUGCUUGGAGGUCAAAUCGAUCCCACUUGACACACCAAGGGUCUGUGAUCGAUGGCUUGUUGGAUGAAAAGAAGACAGAGACAAGGCAGAAGGUGGAAGUCUGGAUUCUGGACAUCUUGGGCAGUGAAGGUCCUGACCGAGUGACUCCUUCCGCAAAGGCCUCAGCCGUGCUUCAGAUCACGCGGCUCAUCAGUCGAAUUGUGGAGGACCUCUUAACCAGCGCCUGGACCCACGCUCGCAUCGACGGCUUGGUGGCUCUGCGUGAGCUGACUUUCAUGAUGGAGACGGACUGGGCCAAGUGCUGUGCCCAGAAGAUCACCAAUCCCAUCUUGGUUUGCUUCUCUGAUGAGGACUCCAAAGUCAGGUACAAGGCGUGCGAAGCCUUUAUCAAUGUGGCGAAGGUGAUCCGCUCGGGAAUCCUUGAAGACAUGGGAGCGGUCUUUCAUGGUCUUUGCAGGCUCUACACUGAUGUUGAGCAACAGAUCAAGGAAGGAGCCCAGAGCUUGGACCGGCUGGUACGCGACAUCGUGGUAGAGCAGCGCCACUUCGACUACUCUGUGCUCAUCCCGCUCAUUGCUGCCCGCAUCCACGUGAUGAACCCAUCAGUCCGACAGCUUGUGUUGGGCUGGAUUGUUCUCUUAGACUCCAUGCCGCAGGUUGACAUGAUCGCCUUUCUGCCUCACUACCUGGAGGGUCUCUUCGGAAUCCUCGCCAGUGACAACCGGGACUUCCGUUUGAAGGCUCAGGAGUGUCUGGACGGGCUGCUGGAGGAGAUCAGGAAGUCGGCCAGUGAGCGACCUGAGCGCACACAACAAGCGAUUGCCCAGGAUAAUCUGAUCAUCGUCCAGUCUCGUCAAAUGCAUUCCUUGUACAGGCUGCUGCAACGGUUGCUCGCUGCUGCCGCGCAGGGGGUGAGCAGCGCUCCGAGCUCUCACAGCUGCGAGCGAUCCGUCCGUGCAUGGGGCGGCCGGACGUUGGUCCAAUGCGACAUGUGGCAAGGACAGGAUCGCGAAGAGUCUCGGCGCUUGGUUGUGCGUCAGACCGUCGAUCAGCAGGAACUGACACCCAGCAUCAGACACUUCUCUAGCUGGAAGAUCUUUACAUCUGCGCUAAUCCUGGUGGUCAUCGUGAGCUCCAUAGGUGUGGGAAGUCACCAUCUGCGGAGAUCGAUGGCGGAACUGGCAGGACAAAGGUCUAGGGCCGCACCGGUUCGAUCGAAGAUUUCGGAUCCUGCACCACGAAUACCUCCAGGAUGUAUGGGAAAAGGCAUGACAUACCUCAUCAAGGCCAUCCUUCACAACAAUUUAGCAGGACUUGGUCCUGACCGUGGAGAGGAGGAUAUGCAGUUCCUGGUGAGCCAAGAGCGUCAUGGGGCCGACACGCAGGACAUUAAGGUGUCCGUGCGUGCCAUGAGCGCUUACACGCCUCACUCUGCAUCCUGGAAUGGGAUGCAGGGAGAUUUCGCCAGCAUCAACCAAAUGCCUGGGCAGGAUGUUAAGCUUAGAUUCCAGUUUCGGGACGUGGCCAACACGCCGUUGUGGCUGGAUUCCUUUGACCUGUUGCUGUGUGAUCUGGACGGAGGCUCCACAUCCACAGAAUUCGCUAGGGCCUUUGGAGAGCACAAGGCGUAUUGGGCACAUGGCACAAAGCUGCAGCUGAAAUCCCAUGGCGACUAUGUGGAGUACAACCUGAAGUAUCCCUACAGGGACGCCCCUGUUCAGAAGGAGGAUCUGGGUGUUGACAAUCCCGUUUAUGCUGGCGACCUUACGAAGAAACAGCAGCAGAACUGUGUGAGCCUGCACUAUGGAUCAGUGGAUCACAUCGAUCUGGUUCUGGGCUCCACCUCCUAUCCCUUCGGAUGGGGUGGUGUGCGAUCCUUCUUCUUCGCCUUCACGGGGCUUGACCACUGCGGUUCCAAGCUUCUACGGGCCAGUUCCAGCACCACGUCUGCCACUCUCACCACGUCAACCGUCACCAGGACAAGCCUGACGAGCACUUCGUUCACCACAUCUGCGACUUCUUCAACCUCAGGUUCAAGCCAAACAGUGAGCACCAAAACGAUCACCACCUACACCACAAGUACUGCCACCACGGUGACCGCGACUACAACGACGGAAGUGGCGGGUCUCCCAAUCUUCGCCAGCCCAGGUCACCCGGACACCGAGGGUUCCAGGAUUAGCAUUGUGACAUGGCGGUGCCUGGCGGCUAGGCGGCAGUGUGAUGGCCUGCCCUCAGGGGACAAAGAAAGGUUCAAUGCAUUGAAAUGGCUGCUGGAGUCAGUGAACUUGCAAGUGAAGCUGCAGGUGGAGUUGACGAUGCCAGGUGCCGAUGGAGUUUCCACCAGAUCGCUGCGGAGGCGACCCUCCGAACCAGUUGCAGAUACUGGAGGUUUACGACAGCUGAUCCCUGAGCUGCUGCCGGGUGCCCUCUACUGUUUGGAUGAUGGCGAAUUGACCAUCCAGACAGAUGCCAUCCAGGCGAACCUUCGGCUCCGCGAAGCGAUGACGAUCUUGGACAGUGAUCAGCUGCCAGUGGAGCCCAUUGCCCAUGCAGUGAUCAGUGCGAUGUUUGACGUCGGGGGCCAGGAGCGCAGCAAGGAAGUGCUCUUGAGAUGCUUCAGUUGGGCAGAGCUGCUUUUGGACAGGUGCCCCGCAAAGGUGGUGCAACCAGAGGUCCGGGAUAGGCUUCUGGGAGCAGCCUUGAAGGCCCUGCUGAGAAAGGAAGACGAGGUGGCUUCUACUGCUCUGCGCUUCGCAGCAAACUUGACAGCGAUGGGUGAACAGCUGGGAGAAGAAGGCGAAGACUUGGUGGGCAGCAUGUGCCAUCGCCUCUUCCGGCUCAUGAAGGAACAGCCCAAUCUGCUGGCGCGCAGGGGUGAACUCAUCGUGCGGAAGAUCUGCGAUGGCUUGGUACAUCAAGGGGUGGACGUGCAGCGCUUCUUUGCGACAGCUGCGAAAGCCAUCAACCAGGAGGAGGACAAAGCAUUUGCACGGCGUUUGGUGCAGGUGCUGAACCGUGGCUUGCUGACUGGGCCCGAGACCAAAGCGUUUCGUGCUUGGUUGCAGCUGGAAGUCCGACGCUGCGAACAGAAGGGUGAGCUCCGACCUGAACUUCAGAUGGUCCUGAUGGAAGCCUGGAUGGUCUGUCCGGUGAGUUCUUUAGCCUUGAGCUUCUGGUUGAACGAGUUUGAGUUUGCUGCGGGUUUAGCCACGAGGCUGGCCACGGCACCCCGAACAGACGAGAUUGAGGCACAGCUGAAAGACUUCGUAGAGCUCUUGGAAUCCCCUGCCUGGUUCUCUUUCUUUGUGCUUGGCCAGAUCCCUGUGCGACUGCUGGCUGCGGACCAUUCGCCAUCGAUGAAGCUGAAGUGCUUGCCGCGAAACCAGCCAUGGGCGUCCAAAGAUGAAGAAAACAAUCUGUGUAUCAUGAGCUGGAAUGUGCUGGCACCCACCCUGGCGGAGACCUGGCCGGGGCAGAGAGAGUUCCGGGAGGAGCGCCUGGCCGCGCUGCUGGAAGUCUUGGACCUCUAUGCCUCCUGUGAUAUCGUAUGUCUGCAAGAGCUAGAAGUAGGCAUCUCCCUGGAGCUGGUGCAGAGCUUCUUGGAAGAGAAGGGUUUUGAUGUGGCCGUACAGGACCGCGAAGGUCACCCAGUCAUCAAUGCCACCUUCUUCCGCCGGUCCCUUCUUCGUCUCAGCUGGGCCAUUUCGCGCUCGCGAAUUUUGCUCACUGGCCUGUUGCUGCCGAGUGGUCACGAGGUCUCCGUGAUGAAUGUCCACUUGGAUUCGAAGCAACAAGAUCAGAGGGCCGCACAACUGACAAAGUCUCUGCAAAAGAUGAGCAUGGCGAGAUCGACAUACCAGGUGGUUUGCGGUGACUUCAAUACCAAUCUGGCGCUGGAUACUCACCUCAGUGAUCUUCUGGCUGAACAUAGGCUGUUUCGCACACCAACCAAAGGCUUCACUCACAGCUUGGGGUCAGCCUUGGACCACCUUUGCAGCACCCAGCAUUUGGCGCCUCGACGAGUGCUGCAGCCUGCGUCCCAACGCCACCUGCAAGGCCUACCCAACAAGGAGUGUCCGUCGGACCAUCUGCCAGUGGCCGCGACCUUUGAGCUUCUCCUUCCUCAAUGGCAAUGCCCUGCUCUUCCGGUGGCAAGGCUGCCGCCCCAGCUGCUGAUGGAAUGGUCCGAGCUGUUAGCGUUGGGUCUGCGGAGCAAUAGCAGCAAGAAAGCCCGGAAGGAGCAGAAACAACUGGAGGAGAGCUUCCUAUCGUCCACCUCCCCGGACCUCUCCUUGGAGCUGACCCGUUGGCGCGACGCGCGCCGCGAGGCGGCCCAGGCCAUCUGUCGCCGCGCCGUGGAGCAGGCGCUGGUGCUGUUGAGGGCGAUGCCCACGCUGAAACGAUGGGAUCCCGGCUGAAAAAUGGGGGUAGAACUUCAGAUUCACAAUACAUAUGUGGG